CCAAGGCACAGAUAGUUUAAGUGACUUGUCCAAGGUCAUACAGCUUAAUGUAAGCUCCAUGGUUGGAGGAAUUUUUGCCUAUUUUCUUCACUGUUACAUCGUUAGCGCCUAGGCUAAGAAAAUCACAAGGCACAUGUCAGUGAAUCAGCAACAUCUAGAUCCAGAUAGUACUACAGAUGUGGAAGAUGUUACAGGUGCUGAAGAAGAGCUUAUUAAAAAAUGUGAAGAAAUGUGGAAAGAUAUGGAAGAAUGUCAGAACAAAUUAUCGCUUGUUGGAACUGAGACACUCACUGAUUCAAAUGCUCAGCUGUCAUUAUUAAUUAUUCAAGUGAAAUGUUUGACUGCUGAACUCAGUCAAUGGCAGAAAGAAACUCCUGAAAUGAUUCCACUGAAUGAAGAAGUUCUGGUAACAUUAGGAAAAGAAGAGUUCCAAAAAUUGAGGCAUGAUCUUGAAUUGGCACUAUCUACUAUUCAGUCAAAGAAUGAAAAGUUAAAGGAAGACUUAGAAAGGGAGCAAAAAUGGUUGGAUGAACAGCAACAGAUAUUGGAAUCUCUUAAUGUACUACACAAUGAUUUGAAACAGCAGGUUGUGACAUUUUCUGAAUCAAGAAUCUUUAAUGAGCUGAAAACGAAAAUGCGUGAUAUAAAAGAAUAUAAGGAGAAACUCUUGGUUACCUUGGGUGAAUUUCUAGAAGACCAUUUUCCUCUGCCUGAUAGAAAUGUUAAAAAGAAAAAGAAAAACAUUCAAGAAUCAACUGCACAGCUGAUAACACUGCAUGAAAUGUUAGAGAUUCUUUUAAAUAGAUUAUUUGAUGUUCCACAUGACCCAUAUGUCAAAAUUAGUGAUUCUUUUUGGCCACCUUAUAUUGAGCUGCUCCUGCGUAAUGGAAUUGCCUUGAGACAUCCAGAAGAUCCAACCCGAAUAAGAUUAGAAGCCUUCCAUCAGUAAAAAGAUGGUCUUUUUUUCACACGUACUUAAA